CCGAAAGAAAGAGGGAGCUUGGGUCGGGUCGGUUGAUCGACUGGUCAACCAUCCAAACCUCGCUCAUUUUUUCGCUCCGCUGCUUCUAUGUUGAUAAUCGGAGUGUAAUGGUUUAUCAAUUUUACGGCAGAGCUCAAUUUUUCGCAGACCUUGAAUAAAUGGCUUCUAAGCAGCACUUUCCAUGCGCAGAUUAAACACUACCCAUCAGAUACCUCUCUUUCCAGCCAUGACACCGCGCGUAAGAGAGAAGGCCAACUGAAAAAAAGAUUCCUUCAAACGCAAAAAUAGCGCCUGCCGACAAAUUUAAGUUGAGCAUCGUCGCUGAAAUGAUCCACGUAUUAACAUUUCAGAUAUGGUUGAGUGCCUCAAGAACUUUGUGUUCGUGUGAAGUGAAUUUCUUUUGACAAUUCUUUUCCAAAAAAAGAAACAAACAAAUGAACUCCACUUUUUGGGGAUGGGUUUCGAAAAAGGCGGAAGCGAUGACUUUUUGUCGGAAUCGAACAGAGCAGAUGUAGGUUCAAAGACAAAUGUUAUGCACAACUCGUUCAUCAAUGAUUCAGUAUUCUCUUGUCUCUUAAAAUCUCAGUGAGCACGAAUAAUGAACAAUCAGCAACCAGAAAGAUAAUUAUCCAAUCAGAUUCUUGCCAAGACCAAAUCUGUGAUUCACGUGCGAUGGGCUGAUCAUUGAUUCUAGAAUCUGCUCGCAGAUUCUUCUCUGUCAGUGUUGGGCAGAAGGUAGUAACAACAAAUAAGCUGUUACUGGUGUAGUCAUCACCUGUUACUAUAGCUUACGGUUCAUUUAAGAUAGGGAGCCGAGACACUUCGAUAUUUGAGCACUUUGAAGAGAUGAAGAGGUCAAACCAGCAUGAGUUGGUCGACCGCUCCUCGACUAAAAGGGCGUUUGUGGCGAACUCUCCGUCUGAAAGAAAGCGAUACACAAUUACCUCUGCCGCUGUAAGAAGCUGCUUAUACGAAAGAAAACAACCUGUGUCUGUUGACGUAGAUAAACUACGAAGACAGAAUUUUGAGGGCUUUAACAAGAAAUUAGGUUGUUUUCUCUGUAAGAUAGAAUAUUCAGUACCUUGUCCUUUACAUGGUUUGCACCAUUCGAUGUUAACCCACAAAGCUCUGCAAGAGAGCAGAGCUGUGAGGUCACUUCCGCCGGAAGUGAGUUUCUGCAGAUCGAGUGUCCCUGGGACUGAGUUAGGAGUUAGUACCAGGAAACACCUUCCUGCGGGCACCUGGAUUGGGCCAUUUGAAGGCCGGAGAAUCCGACCAGAAGAGGUCAAAUUAGGCAUGGACACAUCGUAUAUGUGGGAGAUUUUCGCCGGAAGCAAAUUAACUUGUUUCAUUGACGGAAGUGAUGAGGAGACAUCAGGUUGGAUGCGAUUUAUCCAGUGCGCACGCUCAAAAGAUGAACAAAACCUUUACGCGUUUCAGCACAAGGGCGACGUAUACUAUCGGUCAUUCAAAGACAUUACCGUUGGUGAAGAACUUCUUGUCUGGUAUGAUGAACAAUAUUUACAGCACUUUGGAAUACCGUUUGGAUAUCAGAACAUGUCCUUGGUAAAAGAUUUUGAAGAUUCUCGGCCAAUGGUAAAACAGCCGACAGAGGAUAGCAAAUCCGAGCGGAAAGCUGUGUAUGCUCCUGCUAGUUUAUUGCGUAGACAAUUAUCAUCGGACAGCGAUGCAGAUGGUCAGCGGUCCUCUUCUAACAGUGACGUAGAAAGUGACGUUAAUGACCCUGGAAAUAUACCGGUGCCCGUUCCCAAAAGUUCUCCGGAAAGGGAAUUUACUACAUGGCGGUGCCAGCAGUGUCGCAAGACCUUCACUCAGCGGGUGGCCCUGCAAAUUCAUGUUUGCCCAUGCCAAUCAUCCAAGCCUUACCAGUGUGGCCAGUGCAGCUUGGCUUUUUCCUCUUCUUCUCAGCUCCGCGCGCAUGUCACGUCGCAUUCCAGUGAAAAACUUUUUAAAUGUGGCUUCUGUUCGCGCGCUUUUGUCGGCGCGACAACACUAAACAAUCACAUUAAAUCUCAUUUCGGACAAAAGCCUUUUGGCUGUGAUAAGUGCGGGAAAACAUUUUGUCAGCCUGGACUUCUUUCUAGACACCAAAGAAAUCCGCGCGAAUGUAAAAGCACCCUGCCCAUUUCAAUCAUCAAAAUGGAAAGAGAGCGCUCAGGGAGUGAGGAGGCAUACGACUCUGUACUCGCCAAACUUAAAGAAGACUUGAAGAUCGAUAAUUUAAGAGGAUUGCAAAUGGAAGUUGAAAGCAAGACGCGAAAAAUGAACAAACCUUUUGGGGUAGAAAGCGCUAACAGUUUUUAUCAGCCCGUGACCAAGAAAGCGAAGAUGUCAACUCCUUCCUCCAAAAGCGCAUCAGUUUCGAACUUGAAACAGUUUUCUUUCUCUAUGGCUGAUGUGCAGAAGUGCCUAUUUCACGUAUCCACUGUUCAUCCAGUUAACACCCGUGAAAUUUUAGGACAAAAAGAUGCAGCGGGUUGUUUUUGGUGUGAUGCAAGCAAGACAGACCCAGGCUUUAACUGCCCAAAUCAUAAACGUGAAACCACUGCCGCGAAACAGACAAGUCAAUUGCCUCUCGCUUUAAGAUCAUUUCCGCCGGAAGUUGGUCUGUGUGCAUCCAGCAUUCCCGGGGCAGGAUAUGGAGUUUGUGCCGAGCAAACAAUUCCGAUUGGGGCAUGGAUAGGUCCUUACGAGGGAAAGUUUGUGAAGCUCGAGGAAAUUUCUUCUGUUACAGACACAUCUUACAUGUGGGAGAUCUUCAAAGACGGUAAACUGGUUGGAUUUGUGGACGGCAGCGAUGAAAAGGUUUCCAGCUGGAUGCGGUUCAUCCGCUGUGCUCGCCACAAAGGAGAACAAAACCUUUUUGCCUUCCAGUUCUUGGGUAAGGUCUACUAUCGUUCAUUUAAGACUAUUCAGCCCGGACAAGAAAUGUUGGUGUGGUACGAUGAUAAAUAUCCACAGUACCUUGGCGUUCCGAGCUCGGUCUUUGAUUUGGGCUCUCUUACAGUCAAAGGGAAGUCAAAUAAUCCAGAAGCAUCAGAAAUUGUGCGCUUGCCGUCCGAGACCUCGACACAAAAUCAGUACCCUCCUACUCCUCCCAGCUCAGUACCUUCUCCUGGAAGCCCGCCAUCACCAAACAGCCAGCCAAUCGGCCUCCAGCAACAUUCACCUUCUAUGCCAAUCAGUGGAGAGCCUUUGAAUGGUUUUCAGAGCGAAGUGCCCUCCGCCUUCGACUUUUCCUCUGUCACUGCAGCCAACUUUUCCAAUCCACUGCCAUCGCCAGAGAGUGAGAGGAGCAAUUCUCCCUCACCAGCUUCUUGUGAAGACAGGCAGAUCAACGCCACUAAAAUCAAUCAGCCCGCGUUCAGUAACAUAACAGAACUAAGUUUGUGGAAAUGCGGCCAGUGCAAAAAGUCCUUCCCUCAAAGAACCAUGCUCCAGGUUCAUGUGUGCCAUGAAGCCCCAAAGAAGCCAUACCAGUGCGGUCACUGUUCACUGAGCUUCGCCCACCCAGCUCAGCUACGCGGGCAUGCUGUCAUUCACGCAAGCAAGAAACCAUUCAAGUGCGGCUACUGUUCGCGUGCUUUUGCAGGGGCGACCACAUUGAACAACCACAUCAGAACACACACAGGUGAACGCCCCUUUGUCUGCGACAAGUGCGGCAAGAACUUUACACAAGGAUCACAGCUCAGCAGACAUCAGAGAAUACCUGGAGACUGUGUGGUACGGGUGUGAAGAGAAUGAAAACAAUUCACCUUCAUCUGAAUGUUUUUAAAACUUUGAGUGUUCCUUAAGAGAGCUCAUAGCUCAGAUCUUGUCACCUGAUCUUAGCGGCAAAGUUUGUAGAUUUUCAUGUGAUUCAUCCUAAAAGGAAAACACAGGUGAUUCGUUCGGGAAAGCGGGUAGGGACGAUACAAAAGAGCUAAAGCAACAUCGAGUUUUAUGUUUAAGAAGAAAUGUAGGAAGUCGUAACUGUAAUCACGUAUCGUAAAAAAUGUAAAUAUCCAGAAGUUUUCACAACGUGACAAAAAUGUUAGCACUUUUACGAGAUGGAAAAUUGUACAUACGGAAGGAAGUUGAUGCUCGCACUAAUUGUUUUUGAAAAUGAAAGGCUUCAUCCCACACAAACUA